UGGAGCCGCUGUAUCCCGUAGUGAGAUGGAGGGGGAGGUGGGAGAGAAGGAUGGGGGUGCCCGCCCCGGCCCCGGGCCGCCCCUCUCCGGGGCUGUCAAUCAGGGCGGGGGAAUCAGCCGGGGCCUGGGCUGCGGGGAGAGACGGAUCUGCUACGCCACAGCCCCCUUCUCCAGCCAGCCACCGCCGCCAUUCGUACAGGGAAGGGGCCAGGCCCCCCAUCCCGCCUCCAGCCUCCCUCAGCCAUAGCGACCGGCCUUUAUAUCCACCCCUGUCCCAUCCCCUAGCCGCUUCCCUUCCUCCUGAUUACCAGUACUGUCACUAAUUCACCAUGAGCGAUCAGACGGAGGAAGAUAUGGCCAGCGAAGGAGGAAAAAGCAAUGAACCUGAAAGCAAAAAAAAGGGCAAAUCGUCAGGUUCGCAGGACUCGCAGCCCUCUCCCUUGGCUUUGCUGGCUGCCACUUGCAGUAAGAUAGGAACAACUGGGGAAAAUCAAGGUGCUGGACAGCAGCAGAUAAUCAUAGAUCCCAGCCAAGGCUUGGUUCAACUUCAGAACCAUCCCCAACAACUGGAAUUGGUGACCACUCAACUGGCUGGCAGUGCCUGGCAAAUCGUUGCUGCUGCGCCCCCUGUCUCAAAGGAAAGCGGCAUAGGUCAGCAAGGGAUUUCAAUAGCUGCCAGUACGGUGGCUUCUUCCAAUAGUAACAAUGAUAGUGCGUCACCCACAAAAAACAAAGCUAGUAUUACAGCUGCGGCACCUGGGCAGUUCCAGGUGAUCCAGGUGCAGACCCCUGGCGGAAAUAUACAGUACCAGAUAAUCCCUCAGAUUCAAACGGUAGAAGGCCAACACAUUCAGAUCAGCCCUGGAAAUGCUACGACGCUGCAAGAUUUGCAAGGUCAAAUACAGUUUAUUCCUGCUGGUAAUAAUCAAGCCAUUAUUACUGCUGGCAACAGAACAGCAUCUGGAAAUAUUAUUGCACAGAACUUGGCUAAUCAAACCGUUCCAGUGCAAAUUCGGCCUGGAGUCUCUAUACCGUUACAGCUGCAGACCAUCCCUGGUGGUCCUCAAGUAGUGACAACCUUACCUAUAAACAUAGGAGGAAUGACUCUAGCUCUGCCUGUGAUAAACAGUAUGGCUGCUGGAGGGAGUUCAACACAGAUUGUUCAUCCCACAGAUGGCGGAGUUACCAAUGGAAAUCAGCUGGUGUCCACUCCCAUCACAACGUCCUCUGUCAGUAACAUGCCUGAAUCUCCCGCCUCCUCCUCUUCUUCCACCUGUACGACCACUGUGUCUGCUACUCUGACCAGCAGUGAUACACUUGUAAGCACAGCAGAAACAGGCCAGUUCACAAGCACGACAUCUAGCACUGACCGGGCCACCGAAGAAUCGCCAUCCUCUGUGGCAGAUUCUGAAUCCCAGAGCAACAGUCAGCUUCAGACAAAUGGACUUCAGAGUGUGUCCGACCAGACAAAUUCCUUACAGCAGGUGCAAAUUGUGGGACAGCCAGUCUUACAGCAGAUCCAGAUCCAACAACCACAGCAGCAGAUCAUACAAGCCAUACCACAGCAGUCUUUUCAACUUCAGUCAGGACAGACCAUACAAACCCUUCAGCAGCAACAGCUGCAAAAUGUUCAGCUUCAAGCAUUAAGCCCAACCCAAGUUCUCAUAAGGGCUCCAACAUUAACCCCCUCUGGUCAAAUCAGCUGGCAAACUGUGCAGGUUCAAAAUAUUCAAAGCCUUCAGAACUUACAGGUCCAGAACGCUGGCUUGCCACAACAGUUAACCCUAACGCCAGUGUCCACAAGCGGUGGUACAACAAUCGCUCAGAUUACGCCAGUUACGGUUGCUGGCACUCCGAUUACUCUCAAUGCUGCCCACUUUACAUCUGUGCCUAACCUGCAGACUGUAAGUGUUGCAAACCUUGGAGCCGGAGUCCAAGUUCAGGGCGUUCCAGUCACAAUUACAAGUGUCGGAGGUAUGUGCAACAUUGGUCAGCAUCAAGGAGCAGAUGGAGUGAAGGUCCAGCAAGCUACUAUAGCACCUAUGACUGUUGCAGUGGGAAGCCUUGCUAAUGCAACCCUCGGUGCUGUCAGUCCUGACCAAAUAACACAAGUGCAGCUCCAGCAGUCCCAGCCUUCAUCAGAUCAAGAGGUGCAGACUGGGAAGAGAUUACGAAGAGUUGCAUGCUCUUGCCCCAAUUGCAGGGAAGGGGAAGGAAGAGGUAGCAGUGAACCUGGGAAAAAGAAGCAGCAUAUCUGUCAUAUUGAAGGGUGUGGAAAAGUCUACGGGAAGACUUCCCAUCUCCGAGCUCACCUUCGCUGGCACACUGGAGAGAGGCCUUUUGUGUGCAACUGGAUAUUUUGUGGCAAGAGGUUUACCAGGAGUGAUGAGCUACAGAGGCACAGAAGAACUCACACAGGUGAGAAAAGAUUUGAGUGUCCGGAAUGUUCAAAGAGGUUUAUGAGGAGUGACCAUCUCUCAAAGCACGUGAAAACUCACCAAAAUAAGAAGGGCGGCGGAACAGCCCUGGCAAUUGUAACAUCGGGAGACCUUGACGCUUCAGUCACUGGGGUCCUUGGUUCACCAAGAAUUGUUGCAGUUGCAGCCAUUUCACAAGAUUCAAACCCAGCUACCCCAAACGUUUCCACAAACAUAGAUGAAUUCUGAAAGGUGUCCUCACAGGAACCAAUUUAGCUGCACUUAAAUAUAUGUAAUUAACAGAAUCGUGACCUGGUCUGUAAAAUGCCUUUCUGAGGAAAUAAUGUUUGUUUUUCUUGUUUGUUUGUUUUUAUUAACUAUUCCGAUAAAAAGGGAUGAAGCUGUGAACAUUAUCCAUUUUUCUAAUAUUAGGUAGUAUGAACAUAACCCUGAAAAUAUUUUACCUGUAUCAUGUAUUCUACAUUUUGUAAAAGCCUCUAAAUUUUAAUGUUUUCUCAUUCUUCUCCUUCCCUUUAAAGAAAUAUGUAAUCAUAUAAUUAUAAAAAGUGAUAGACUCAGGUCUACUAAUAUAUAUAAAAGGCCAUACAAUCAAGUUUGUAUUUACAGUAGCGAAAUGAGUCUACAAUUAACUUUACAAAGAAGUCCUUUUUGUAUGAAGACAUGUAAAACUUGGAAAAUCUUAUUUAUAUAGAUUAAAUGUUAACCUUAUGCAAGUUGCAUAUAGUUUCUUGCCACCUGAGACAUUGAAUCUGCUAUAUGCCUCAUUAUUUCUUAUAGAUGUAACAUUUUGUAGAUAUGCAUUAAUCAUCCGGAACUAACUUGUACAAACUGCUGCAGCCAAUUAUUUCCACAUUCCAUUCUAUAUGUAUAUAUAUAUAUUGGGGGCUUUUGUUUUUUAUCUGCCACGUUUAGAAUGUAUGUGAAGCAAAAAGGGGAUGAUUUAAGGCUUCAUUUUGAUUGGAAGAAUGUACUUACAGUAAUUGUAUGCUUUCAACACAUACGUUGAAUUGAAGAGAAUAGACGUUGCAACACUUCUUUUCCCAGCCAAAAUAUUUCAAAUUUUUAGAAGCACAACAAACAUGUAAAUAUGAUAAUUUCUCUCCCCAACCGUUGCCCUUUUGUAUUUACAUUUUAGCAGGAAAUUAUAGCAAGUGUUUUUUUGUUUUUGUUUUUUGUGUUUUGUUGUUUUUUUCCAAUAAGUUUCCAAGUGCUGUUAAGACUUCUAUAGGUGAGGAUAUCUAUUAUUGCAAAGCAUAAGUCAGUCAAUUUAUCUUUUGCCCCAUACAUAAACGUAUUCAGCAGAUAGGUCUGAUUUCUCGGAACAAGAGCUGAUACCACUUCUGACACAGAGUGAGUGUGUGUAUAUGUGUGUGUGUGUGUAAAUGCAUAUAUGUAUAUACAUUGUGUAUAUGUACACAUGCAUAUUAUUUUAAUUACUGCAAUGUUCCGCAAAUGUAAGUACCGUUUACCAUAUACGGCAUAGAAGCUGGUUUUGGCUGAAGUUCAUCACAUGCGCUAUUUAUUUUUAUUAGGUUGAAAGCAAAUCCCAGUUAGUGAGCGUUCCUGUAUUGUAUUUAUUAUGGAGCAUUGUAUAACCAAGUAAUUAUUUUAGCUACAUAUUAGCUGGAGGUGUAGGUAAUUGUACAUACACAUGUGUUCCGCAGAACAUUCAUGUUUAGUUACAAUUGCUAUUUUAUUUUCCUUUUGAGCACUUAAUAUAGAUUAUUUUAAGAAAUAGCUGACCUGUUUGAGACAUUAGUUUAGCUAAAUGUUUGUAUCCAUGCACAGUGGUUCUUUUGUAGUGUUUAUUGCUAGUUUUUAUAUUUUGCAUAUUAAGAUGUGGUGUUCUGUCCAUGAAAAUAAACCUGUGUUGUGAAACCGAAUAUAUAUAUAUAAUAUAUAUAUUUGUCGCGAAAUCUGAAAUGAAUAGUUGUUGUUUAGUAAAGUAAAUGAGAAUAUAUGUCCCGCAUAUCAGUCAUAUUAAAUACACCUUUUGCAAGCAGCAAAAGGUGAGGGCUAAAAUAUACAUUUAUAAGAAUGCAAUAGAUUGGAUAACUGGAUACUGUACCAGGGUCACCACAAGUUCUAGUGGCUUUUGACAUAACUGCAUAUGCUUCAGUGAGUUCCUAAUGAACUAAUACGCAUUCUCAGGCAUAUUGGUUCAGAUUCCAAAAGGGCUAUUAGCGGUGUAGGUAAGAACUUUGCUUACAGGCAGGGCCAUAACUAAGGCGAACAAUGCCGCCACACAAAGUGUUAGGCUCUGUUGCUGGCAACAGAAUCGAUCCACAGCCCUUGUUUCUGGCUAGCAUGCAGCCUGGAAUGGCACCCUGCAGCAGUGCAACCAGCAGCGUCCUUUGGACAGACAGGCACACUGCAGUCAGUGCUGCACUUGCAGGUGCUGGCAACCCCGCCCCCUCUGUUCGACUUUAUGAUGUCAUGUGGGGCGACACAGGACCCUGUUACGGCUCUGCUUACAUCAAAGGCCGUACAUCAAAGCCAGAAGUGUUAAAUCUAUUUAAACAUCUUGUAUAUGAUUCUGUAUAUUUUAAUAAGAAAUAUAUUAGAUCAGAGUUAUCACCUGGAAUAAAUAAGAUAACUGAAAGACAAAUGAAGAAUAAGGCUAAUGUUCAAAUUGUUAACUGAAUGGAAUUAAACACGGUACAGUUCUAGAAAAUUCUUCAUUUUUUUUUACGUUAUUAAAGCCGAGGAAAAUAUGGUUUAAACUGCAGUAGUUUUAAUUGCUGUCAUAACUCAUGAGACAUGUAUGUUCAGUCUGAUUGUCAUUUCACUGGCCACCCAGAUGCCACUGUUUUACAAAAACAAGUCGGUGUAUUUAUAUUUAUCAUGCUUAGAAUGUCAGUGUUAGAUUUUUAUUUUCUUUGUUCCUCAUAGUAUUUGUUUGAUAAGUAGACACGUGGACGUGCUGCAGAUUGCUUUCGAAAUUUUCAAUUAUUUAUCACUUUUUCUUACGUAGAAUGAGAGUUAAUUUGUCAGAUGUGAGAAAGCAUGCUAGGUCCAACUUUUCAAUUUUAAGGCACUUUUAUUGCAAAAAAUAUUUCUAUUUAAUUUUGAUGCUUUCUGUGCAUGUUGAAGGGUGAGCACUUAUAUUGAUAUAUAUUGCUCUCUAAAUAUAUAGAUAUGUUAAUAUAUUGAUAUGCACUAGAUAUUUAAUUGGACACCAUUUUGGAAAAUUACAAUUAAAUAAAAGUUUUGAAACAGAUGUUGGUUUUUUUUAGAACCUAUUGUACAUUUUUGAGAGGGUAAAUAAUUAAGAGGAAGGCAAAACAAUAGAGAUGUCCCUGUAUAUUUUGCCAGCAUAGCCUCUAUGUCAUUUUUACAGUGCUGAUUUGUAUAAACUUUUGUUCUUUUCUGUGGAUUUGGAAAUAAAAUUAUGUGAAACUUGUUGUCCAAAA